CAGGACGCGACGUGCGUGCGUGUGCGCAGGCGUGGGGAAGUGGGGCCGCGCGCUCCCGGCGGUCCGGCUCUUCUGCACCCCGUUAUGCCCCGCACGAAAUCCGCGUCGGGAGAGUCUAAUGGCGCCGGCCCAGUCCCGGGGAGGCAAGCGGUUCUGAGUCGGUUCUUCAGGUCUGCGGGAAGCCUGAAAGCCACCACAUCCCCCACGGAGCCCGCGGAGAAGGUGACAGAUGGUGACAGCAGGAAGAGAUCACUGGGGAAUGAUGGGCCUGUUAAGAAGAAAGCAAAGAAAGUUCCAGAGAAGGAAGGAGAAAAUACCCCAGUAACAUCUGGCAACCCUGAGGCAAAGAAAUGCAUGAGGCCCAGGAUUGUUUUGAAGUCCCUGGAAAAGCUGAAGGAAUUCUGCUGUGAUUCUGCCCUCCCUCAAAACAGAGUCCAGACAGAACCUCUUCGGGAGAGACUUGCAGUUCUGCCAAAAUGUACUGAUUUUGAAGACAUCACUCUGCAACGAGCGAAGAAUGCACUUUUGUCUGAAGACUCCAAAUCUCAGGCUAAUCAGAAAGACAGUCAGUUCGGACCAUGCCCUGAACAUCUCCAGAAGGCGUCCAGCUCUAAGGCUCUUAACAAACGAUCCAAAAGUGUGUAUACACCCCUGGAGCAGCAGUACCUAGCUGUGAAGCUACAGCACAAGGAUGCCGUCCUGUGUGUGGAGUGUGGCUACAAGUACAGAUUCUUUGGGGAAGAUGCAGAGAUUGCUGCCCGGGAACUCAAUAUUUAUUGCCACCUAGACCACAACUUUAUGACGGCAAGCAUACCCACUCACAGACUGUUCGUGCACGUCCGCCGACUUGUGGCCAAAGGAUACAAGGUUGGAGUUGUGAAGCAAACUGAAACUGCAGCUUUAAAGGCAAUCGGAGACAACAAAAGUUCUGUCUUUUCCCGGAAAUUGACUGCUCUUUAUACAAAAUCCACACUCAUUGGAGAGGAUGUGAAUCCUCUAAUCAGGCUGGAUGACGGUGUAAACAUUGAUGAGGUAACGGUGGACUCUUGUACCAACUAUCUCCUGUGUAUCUACGAAGAAAAGGAGAGCACUAAGGACAAAAAGAAGGGGAACGUUUCCGUUGGUGUCGUGGGAGUGCAGCCUGCCACAGGAGAGGUAGUGUUUGACUGCUUCCAGGACUCUGCUUCCAGACUGGAGCUGGAGACUCGCAUAUCAAGCCUGCAGCCCGUGGAACUGCUGCUUCCCUCGGACCUGUCUGAGCCAACGGAGAUGCUCAUCCACAGGGCCACUGCUGUCAGUGUGCGGGAUGACAGAAUUCGAGUAGAAAGGAUGAAUAACACUUACUUUGAAUAUAGCCAUGCUUUCCAGACUGUUACAGAGUUUUAUGCCAGAGACGUAGCCGACUGCAAGGGCUCUCAGAGUUUCUCUGGCAUCAUUAACUUGGAGAAGCCUGUGGUCUGUUCCUUGGCCGCCAUAAUAAGGUACCUCAAGGAAUUUAACCUGGAAAAGAUACUGUCCAAACCGGAGAAUUUUAAACAGCUGUCAAGUGGAAUGGAAUUUAUGAGAAUUAACGGAACAACGUUAAGGAAUCUGGAAAUCCUACAGAAUCAGACUGAUAUGAAGACCAGAGGAAGUUUGCUUUGGGUUUUAGACCACACCAAAACCUCAUUUGGGAGAAGGAAGCUAAAGAAGUGGGUGACCCAACCGCUGCUUAAAUUAAGGGACAUAAAUGCCCGACUUGAUGCUAUAUCUGAUAUUCUCCAUUCAGAAUCCAGUGUGUUUGAUCAGAUAGAAACCCAUCUGCGUAAGUUACCUGACAUCGAGAGAGGACUCUGUAGCAUCUAUCAUAAGAAAUGCUCUACCCAGGAGUUCUUCUUGAUUGUCAAAAGCCUGUGUCACCUGAAGUCAGAGCUUCAGGCAUUAAUGCCUGCUGUUAAUUCCCACGUCCAGUCAGACUUACUUCGAACACUCGUCUUGGAGAUUCCUGAGCUCCUUGGUCCAGUGGAACAGUACUUAAGGAUUCUGAAUGAACAAGCUGCCAAAGUUGGUGAUAAAACUGAAUUAUUCAAAGACCUCUCUGACUUUCCUUUAAUAAAAAAGAGGAAAAAUGAAAUUCAAGAAGUCAUUCACAGUAUCCAAAUGCAUUUACAAGAAUUACGAAAAAUAUUAAGACUUCCUUCUUUACAAUAUGUGACUGUAUCAGGACAAGAGUUUAUGAUUGAAAUAAAGAACUCGGCUGUAUCUUGCAUCCCUGCUGAUUGGGUGAAGGUUGGAAGCACAAAAGCUGUGAGCCGCUUUCACUCCCCUUUUAUUGUGGAAAACUACAGACGUCUGAAUCAGCUCCGGGAGCAGCUAGUCCUUGACUGCAGCGCUGAAUGGCUUGGGUUUCUAGAGAAUUUUGGUGAACAUUACCACACUCUGUGUAAGGCCGUCAAUCACCUAGCAACUGUUGACUGCAUUUUCUCCCUGGCCAAGGUCGCUAAGCAAGGAAACUACUGCAGGCCAACUUUACAAGAAGAAAAGAAAAUCAUCAUAAAAAACGGAAGGCACCCUAUGAUUGACGUGUUGCUAGGUGAACAGGAUCAGUUUGUGCCCAACAGUACGAGUUUAUCACAGGACUCGGAGAGAGUGAUGAUAAUCACUGGACCAAACAUGGGUGGGAAGAGCUCCUACAUAAAGCAGGUCGCACUGCUCACGAUCCUGGCUCAGAUCGGCUCCUACGUCCCUGCAGAGGAGGCGACCAUUGGGAUCGUGGAUGGCGUCUUCACAAGGAUGGGUGCCGCAGACAAUAUAUAUAAAGGCCAGAGUACUUUUAUGGAAGAGCUGGCGGACACAGCAGAAAUAAUCAGAAAAGCAACACCACAGUCCUUGGUCAUCCUGGACGAACUGGGAAGAGGGACAAGCACCCAUGAUGGGAUCGCCAUCGCCUAUGCUACGCUGGAGUAUUUCAUCAGAGAUGUGAAAUCCUUAACCCUGUUCGUCACCCACUAUCCACCAGUUUGUGAACUAGAGAAAUGUUACCCAGAGCAGGUGGGGAAUUACCACAUGGGCUUCCUGGUCAAUGAGGACGAAUGCGAGCAGGACUCAGGUGACAUGGAGCAGGUGCCGGAUUCUGUCACUUUUCUCUACCAGAUAACCAGAGGAAUUGCAGCGAGGAGUUACGGGCUGAAUGUGGCGAAGCUAGCAGAUGUGCCUAGAGAAAUCUUAAAGAACGCGGCUCAUAAGUCGAAAGAGUUGGAAGGCUUGGUCAACCUGAGGAGGAGAAGGCUUAAGUAUUUUGCAGACUUAUGGAUGACACAUAAUGUAAAGGACCUGCAUGCAUGGGCAGAUGACCUGGAAACAGAAGAAAUGCAGACUUCUCUCUCGUGUUAAAAUACAAACUACAUUUUUAAGCAUAAUGUGGAGAACUGAAGAUACGAACGACAAAAGAGCCGUGUGGUAGC